AAAUGCAUCACGAGAGUACACAAAACAUGUAAGACUAAACGACAAUGGAUUUCAAAAAUUUGACUCAAAAGAAGACUUCUUGCAAAAAUCCAUGCCAAAAGCUGUAACACAGCUGAAAUGAUCACCAAAUCAAAAAAAAAAGUCAGGAAAAAUGUACAAAAAUGCCUGAGGAGGGCACAAGGGUUAAGGGCACUAACUGCUCUGGAAACCUUUUUUUGGUUUUGUUCCAUGGCCAAUCCUUUGGGUUCAUUUACAGUUCAACAGUGGAACAGUGGGUGUCUCAAGCUGAUAAAAGGCCUUUCUAAGCACACAUACAGUAUAUCCAGUAUGCUUGGAAAGCUGUCCAAUCAGCUAAGAGCCAGUUCAUUCACAUUAAUUCCUGCAAUAAAUCCUUCCUUUGUGAAGCUUCUUAUAUUUAAGUUGACUGUAGUUUACUGUGUUGUUCUACUAGAUCACAUGUCCACACAUGUACUGUAUGGUGGAAGGAACAUAUACAUAGCUAGUAAGCUUGUGACAUUUUGAAUUGUAGAGCUGCACUAAUCCACUCUAUUGUAUGAAAUUUGAGGAAUCCAGUGCACAUUAAUGCUGCAGUUCCCCUUUAACCUCUUGUUCAUUGCUUUGGUUUUAUGGCUCUACGGUUUGGUUCAGUCUCACAGCUCGUCAUCACUAGCAGGCAUCUGUUUGUCAGUAAACAUCUCUAAUAAACCCACUGUACACUACCUGUAACAGCAGUGAACACAGUUAGAUAGUAGCUGGUUAACAUAGUGGAGAAUUUAUUAGAUAAUAAGACACAUAUGUUCCUUAGGAGUCGGUGGAGACCAAAACCGAGAUAAAAGGGAAACAAGUGGACAUUCAAUGGACACAAACACUCCAACAAAAAUGUCUGUUUGCUAAUAGCUAUCAAGUUGAUGAGGUGAAACUAUCAGCUUCCUCUUUGACCUCCUUAUUUUCUCUCACAUCUUCCUGGAUGAUAAACUUCCUAUAGACUUCUCUGCUUUCUAUUUUCCCACUCGGGGCCCUGAAAUCAAUGCCACAUUAAGAAGAGCGAUGGUUUCUUGUGUUUUAUUUUCCUCAUGUCCUCAUUUCUCUGCUCAGGAUGGAGGCAUCGGUGGAGAAAGGGAAAAACGGCCAUCUGAAUCCUGCCUUUCACCUGAAGGUGGUCGGACCAAUCAACAAAGCUAGCAGCCACAAGGGGCUUCCUCACACCAGCAAAGAGGUCCUGCCUCUCAGACCGGGCCCUGUGUCUAAUGGCACCCAGCCAGUGAACAUAGUGCGACCUCUGAGACCCAGUCAGUCCCCAAUGGGCGGUUCCCGGGAUGUCAAGGUGGUUCGCCCGCCUCUGCCAGCCAGCAAGCCCCCAACGGCCCCACCUAAAUCCCCUGCAACCCCACAGAGACUCAGCCCACCCAAGAAACCCCUGCCCCUGAACCCAACACGAUCUCCACUGUUAGUGUCUGAGCUGCAACCCAGACAGUCCCCAUUCCCCCCUCAGAGGCCCCUCCCCCUCAGCCCGGCCAGAGGAGCCUCCCCCACAGUGAGUCCAGCCCGGACCCCGCUCUCCAAACCCUCCACAGGCCUGCUGGUCAUGAUGCCCCCGGCAGUGGGACCCAAACCUGUGGGCAAAGUCACAGCCAUCCCCCCUCUCAGAGCUCUCAGGAAUCCUUCAGUGGACACUGAGAAGCUGCAGUGA